CCUCGGCACCAGGGGAAAGGGGACAGCUCCCCGCGCCGCAGCGCGCCAGUGAGAGAAGAAGGCGACCAUUUGUUCCUUAUUUUUCUGCCAAGGUCAGUCGUUUCAGCUGUAAAAAGGAUGUGUUGGACUUUACUUGCGAUUGUUUUUCGCCCAAUUGACCCGCUGAGGCUGUGAGGACGUUUCGGUUUGGAAGCGUGUACGCACGAGCGGGUUAGAUGUGUUAUAAAGAGACUGCCUUAUCCAACCGCGUCUCCCCUUGGCUUUCUUUUGGACUGAUUUUGACUCGAUCAACAGCUCCUAUGUCUUGAGACCGGGGGAUAAAAAAUGCUGCUUUGGGUUGUCCUGCUGAACGCGGCUCUUUGUGUUGCCAGUGGGAACGUGACAAGGGACGUGUGUGAGGAGCAGAUAUGCUCGUGCACAGAGGUCGAGGGAGACGUGCAUAUCGGCUGCGAAAAAAGGAGCUUCACCACGCUGCAGCACCUCACCGGGCCCAGCUCGCAUUUUUACCACUUGCUGCUGCACGGCAAUUCUCUUUCCAGGCUCUUCCCCAACGAGUUCGCCAACUUUUACAAUGCCGUCAGCUUGCAUUUGGAGAACAAUGGACUGCACGACAUUGUCCCGGGUGCCUUUUUGGGACUGCAGCUGGUCAAAAGACUGCACAUUAACAACAACAAGAUCCGCUCCUUCAGGAAGAGUACAUUUCUGGGCUUGGACGACUUGGAAUACCUCCAAGCUGAUUUUAAUCUAUUGAGGGAAAUUGACCCGGCUGUGUUCAGGGACCUUAAUAAACUUGAAGUGUUAAUACUUAAUGACAACCUCAUCAGUGCGUUACCCAUAAACGUGUUCCAACAUGUGCCCAUUACGCAUCUAGACCUGCGGGGGAACAGAAUCAAAACGUUGCCUUAUGAAGGGAUCCUUGAGCAGAUCCCAGGCAUUGUGGAGGUUCUGCUCGAAGACAACCCAUGGGACUGUAACUGUGACCUGGUUUCCCUCAAAGAAUGGUUGGAGAAUAUACCGCCCAACGCACUCAUUGGAAGGGUGAUCUGCGAGGCUCCCACCAGGCUGCAAGGGAGCGACCUGAACGAGACGUCUGAAGCGGAGCUGUGCCCUUCACAGAGCGGCGGAGCAGACACCAGCUUGGUGGCCCCUCCCACACAGGAUGAGACCUCAGGUCCCGUGGCACACGGUGGCGGCCCACGCCCAACGCCUUACAAGCCCAGCGCAGAUGCCAGCGGGCCACCGACGCCUGGCAGUCACGGAGCCAAGAGCCGUUCCAAAUCACGUGAGAACUGGCAGCUUAAGACCAAACCCACACCAGGGCCCACAGGUGUGAGCAGGGCAACAGAGCAGCGUCACAACGGCACCUGCCCGCAGCCGUGCAACUGCAAGCUGGUUGGCUCAAGGCAGGGGCUGGGGGUCAACUGUGAGGGUAAAAAGAUCGAGAGCUUAUCUAACCUGAAGCCGAGGCCGGUGGACGCCCACGAACUGAACAUGCGAGACAACAACAUCCACGCGGUGAAAAAGAACCAGCUGCUCAGUUACACGAGCCUCAACCUGUUCGAUCUCGGCGGGAACAACAUCAAAGUGAUUGACAACAGCACUUUCCAGAACCAGACAGAGCUGAGGUGGCUGUACAUGGAUAAGAAUUAUCUGGAUUCGCUCAUGGCAGAGAUGUUCGUGGGCCUCAUCAACCUGGAAUAUCUCAGUUUGGAAUAUAACAACAUCCAGCUGAUAGUAGCGGGCACGUUUAGCCCCAUCCCGAACCUGAGGGUUCUGUUUCUCAAUAACAACUUGCUGAAGUCUUUGCCAGUGGAUGCGUUCCUCGGGAUUUCUUUGUCCAAAAUAAGCCUGCAUAAUAAUUACUUCUCCUAUCUGCCUGUGCCGGGCGUGUUGGACCAGCUCAACUCCAUCAUUCAGAUUGAUUUGCACGGGAAUCCGUGGGAUUGCUCCUGUAACAUCGUGCCCUUCAAAGAGUGGACAGAGAGACUCGGUGCUGACGUCAUUGUGAGUGAUCUCAAGUGCGAGUCGCCUGAAGAGUUCUGGAAACGCGACUUCCGCUACGUGCGGAACGACCUCAUGUGUUCCAGACUCUACGAGCGGAUCCCUCCUCCCACCUCCCUGUCCAAAAACAGCACUUUCACGCUGGACUCGGGCACGCGCUCAAACUCUUACAUUGAGCCCAAUCGGGUCUCCAUUUCGGUGCUCGUCCCCGGGUUGCUGCUGGUGUUUGUCACGUCCGCUUUCACUGUAGUGGGCAUGCUCGUCUUCAUACUGCGGAACCGCAAGCGGUCCAAACGGCGGGACGGGAACUCGUCUGCCUCUGAGAUCAACUCCCUGCAGACGGUGUGCGACUCAUCAUACUGGCACAGUGGGCCCUACCACGCAGAUGCGGGCUCGCACCGGGGGUUUGACUGUACCACGCACCUCUCCACGACAAACGAUGCGUAAAAAGAAAGGGGGGCAGACAGGAUUUACAAAGGCCGCAGAGACUGACACGCAUACACGAGCCAAACAACAUGUUUGUCCCCGUAUAAGAGGCGGGUAGUCUUGUCUCUGUCUCGUUAUAGUCAACUUUAACCGGUUAGUCUGCUGCCCAGGGCCCCAGCACUGUAUAUUCUGUAAAUAACAGUCCCUCCCUCCACCCCCAAACACUUUUCCCUCCACCUGUGCUAUUAGCCACAAUCGGACUACACAUCUGUUUUUUUUUGUCAGGCAUAGAGGGGGCAUACAAUAAAAAUGGGGCAUGUGUGCGCGAGGGAACGCUGCACGAGCGCAUGAAUGUAAAUGUAAAUAGUCAGGCCGAUGUAUCAUAUGCAUGGUGAUAUUUCUGCAUGGUUUCAACACACGCACACAUAGCGCGCGACCGAGGAACCAUGACCACCGACGAGGAGGCGAAGCCCCCUUCAUGCUUCAUCAAUAUGACGACUAUAUAUAUAGAUAUUAUGAGAGUUACAUAUAUAUGACUAUAACAAAGUGCCAUUUCUCUAUUUUUGUGAAACUGCAGUUAGGAUUUGUAUUUGUUGUUUUAACCCUGUUUGGAGAGACGAGGGGAAAAAAUAUUAGUUGGUAUCAGAAAGGACAUAAUGCUGUCAGUGCAUGUUCUUUUUUUCUCUUCGUUAUCAUUUGAUUGUCAAUUAAUAUUGGGGUUAUUUAUACUGUUCUAGAUGCCGUGGGUGUAGCCCCCCAAACCCCAACCCAACCACACGCAGGUCUGCGUGGUCAUCCUUUUUUCUGAAUGUAUACUGUUCUUUUUAAUGCCGUGCCAAUUGUUGACUCCGUGGCGACAAACAGAUGAGUAUGACGUCACUGGGAUGCUUCUGCUGCAAAGUUGAUGUAGCUCAAAUAACAGUUCUGUGGUUUUCUGUGUCUAUGAAUAUAGCCUGCUUUGGGUGAGAGGAAAUUAAAAACAAACAAUAAACAAGUCAUUUAAAUGGGGGGUUUGUACGAUCAUAUUUUUUCAAAAAUUCAGCAACGUCUUGAAUUGAGCUAGAAUGAUUUGGUCUACGUAAACAUUGCAGGUAAAUAUAGCAUAGAUUGCUUUUUAUUGUGGAAAAAAAAACAAGUAUUCUCCACACAAAAAAAAACAUGGCUAUGAUUCGCCUUUAUUGUGGGCUUUUUUUUGUUUAAAGCUAUCUAACCUUGUACAGAUAAUUCAUUGUAUUUACAACAAGAUGUGCUUGAUGUAUUCUAAACUGGGGGAGAAUUCUUGCUUUUGUGGAAUGUGGCCAGUCAUAAUAUAGAGGAGAGGCUUUUAGGCUUGCACAAACAUGGCAACGACUGAUGCAAACGCUUUUUACACCAAGCAGGUCUGAUUUAACAGAAGGUUUGAACACCAAAUGCACCUUUUUAAAUCGAAAUUAAGACUGAGGCACGCUUACCAUGUGCAGGCUGUCACAAAUAUAAAGACGCCCUUUUUAUUUCUGUGUUUUCAGCGCAAUGUAAAAGCCUUGUAACACACAUUGACAUCGCCAAUAAUUUUUUUUCCAAAGGGGUCCAAAAUAGUGACAGCUUCCAAUUAAAUUCAGUUUAGUGAGAUGUAAAGGCCUUCAGAUUAAAACAUAAAGAGGUGCAGUGAAAUGGCCAUGUCAGCCCAAACUAGAAGGCCUACGUUCCUCCCCCACUAAACACUUGAGUGCUCCUCAUGGUGCUGAAUCACUUCUUUUGUUUGUUCAGUCGGCAGAAGAGAUGUGUGACCGUUUGCAUUCAGGUACCCUUAACUAUUGUCUUUCCCACAUAACAAACCUGUAACAAACAAUAAGAAAGAUAGGAUUCCAUGUAGACGCCCAGAAAAAUGGAUCAUUGAAUGGUUUGAGUGCAAAUUAUGUGAAUGAUUUGCAAUGGCUGAUCUGGCCCCAAACAUUUUUCACUGUGCUGUGGAUUUGAUUUUACAAUUCCACCCUGCUUGACCUCUGGUACUAAAGGACACAGUGAACCUCUGACUUAUCAAUGCAUCGCAUCCUCUUCAACUCCCAGUUACUGUAUUUGCUCUUCUGUCCAACCCCAAGGGGUUACCUGGGGGUCGCUGUCUCCUGUGUGCUGCAGCCCAUGUGAUGUUUUGUUAUCAUUUUCAAAUGCUGUGUUUCAAACUACAUUUUUAUGCUUUGCAAUAUUUGACCUGCUUCUAUUUUGUUAAAUAAAGUGUGGUUG